ACGGGGACGCGGCAGCACCACACACGCCUCCGAGGCUUUUUGGAGAAACUCCCCCUUUCAGCACCUUGGACAGAGACAGCGCCGGCAGCCGCUCCUUUAGGUACCGAGUCAGUCCACGCGCUCCGGACUCAGGUCAGCUGACCGUGGGCAGUCUGAUGGUCACACACUCCACUGCCACGCGCCCCCUCGUCUCCAUCUCCUCAGCAGCGGCUCAGCGGAAUCAAAUAGCAACUUGAUGAAUAUUCAGAGUUUGACGAAGAGGAGAAAGGUCAGCGGCGCUUUUUCACAGUUUUCUUUUUCUUUUAUUUUUCCACAAAUCAAGCGUCAGAGUUUGAGACAUUUCCACAGAGGAUAAAACCGUGAGGGGGAAAGUGCGGCUGUGCGUCCAUCUUCAUCAUCUAUCUUGAGUCUUAGUGCGUUUAUCUUUUUUUCCACCUUCGUUUUUCAACUUUGGAGCAAAAAUGUUGCUUGAACAUCCUGGAUCAAGUUGUCAAAACUCGGGGAAUUUCUCUCGAUACAGUUCCGGCCAAGAAAUCCCCGUAUGUGCAGGCUGCAGUCAACACAUCGUCGACCGCUUCAUCCUAAAAGUGCUGGACCGCCACUGGCACAGUAAGUGUCUGAAAUGCAGCGACUGCCAGGCCCAGCUGGCCGACAAGUGCUUCAGCAGGGGCGACAGUGUCUACUGCAAAGAGGACUUCUUCAAGAGAUUCGGGACCAAAUGCGCGGCCUGUCAGCAGGGCAUUCCGCCCACGCAGGUGGUGAGGAGGGCGCAGGACUUCGUCUACCACCUGCACUGUUUCGCAUGCAUCGUGUGCAAGAGGCAACUGGCCACAGGUGAUGAGUACUAUCUGAUGGAGGACAGCAGACUGGUGUGUAAAGCCGACUACGAAACCGCCAAACAGAGAGAAGCAGACUCAACUGCAAAACGACCACGAACAACCAUCACCGCGAAACAACUGGAAACACUAAAGAACGCUUACAAUAACUCUCCCAAACCAGCCCGCCACGUCCGGGAGCAGUUAUCAUCAGAGACUGGCCUGGAUAUGAGGGUUGUGCAGGUUUGGUUUCAGAACAGGAGAGCAAAGGAGAAGAGGCUGAAGAAAGACGCCGGGCGACAGAGGUGGGGGCAGUACUUCCGUAACAUGAAGAGAUCACGGGGAAGCUCCAAAUCUGACAAGGACAGCAUCCAAGAGGAGGGAAUGGACAGCGACGCCGAGGUGUCGUUUACAGAUGAACCCCCCAUGUCCGAUCUCGGCCACACUAACGGCAUCUACAACAGCCUGAAUGAGUCGUCUCCAGCGAUGGGCGGUCGCCAAAGUGGGAACAAUCACAGCUCGUUCCCGCUGGAACACGGCGUCCUGCCUUCACAGGACCAGUUCCAUGACCUGCGCUCCAACAGCCCCUACGGCCUCCCCCAGUCCCCGGGGUCACUGCAGCCCCUGCCCAGACACCAGCCCCUCAUCUCCAGCCUGGUCUACCCGGACUCCGGCCUCUCUAUUAUGACACAGAGCGGGGGCCCUGGCAUCAACCCCGCCGUCAGGGUUUCCAUGGGGACAGCCAACAACGGCCCCAGCUCGGACCUGUCCACCGGCAGCAGCGGGGGGUACCCAGACUUCCCUGCCAGUCCUGCCUCCUGGUUGGAUGAGGUGGAUCAUGGCCAGUUUUGAUUGGUCAAGGACAAAAAAACUGGAGACUUUUUGUUUUAUCGCGAGUUUUUUUUUUUUUUUUUUGUCUUCACUUGGAUUUUAGGACUUGGGAGAAUAGUCAAAUGGGACGAUAAUUGUGUAAAGGACUAGACUGGACAGUUACUGUUUGAUAUGACCAGUAUCUGAUUACCAGGCCUGUUCUUCUGUGAUAUCGAUGGAAAGGAACAAUGAAACUUUCCUUGAGUAAAAGCACUUGGCCUGACAAUAGUCCUUCAGUAGUAAAACUGUAUGUAACGCAAGGAGUCUGUCAAAAAAUACUCAAUAUUUAGAAAUGAACAUAAGCAUUUUUCAGAACAAUGUAGAGAUCACAGGUAGAGACUCGGAAAGUUCAGACAUCAGUCAUUUGGAUUCCCACUGACCCCACCCCCUCUGUCAUCACCCCCUCCCCCUCCUCUUUGUUUCUUACGUUGCAUCCAGGUGAGAACUGGGUGUCAUCGAGAGUCCUUAAAUGUCUGGUCGUUGCCAAAUGUCUAUAUAUACAUACAUAUACAUAUAUAUAUAUAUAUAGUCGUUUAUCAUUGUGGAGACUUUAUUUUUAUACAAUCCCUUUCUUGGACAUGAAUGGGAACCCAGAUCUGAGGUCUUUGUACAUUCUUAAACAGGGAUAUAGGCAAAAAUUUAGAUGUCAUCUUAAAUGGCACCUAGGGGUCCAAUUACUUCUAUGCAUUUGUGUGUUCUCAGAUGUAUCUUGUUCGUUUUGGUCUACUGAAAACAACCCCCCAAGGAAGACUUGCUGUAGCACCCGGGGUGUGAUGUAUAUGUUUGUUUAUGUGGAAAAUGUUUUAUGUCUUAUUUAUUCCUUCUGGUAAUGGCGAAGAUGAUGUUGAUGAUAAUAAUGAUUCCUGAUUUAAUGGCUCGGGAGUUUAAUAAAUUUCACAACUAAAUUAAGACUCA